AUGACAUCGAGAAGCAAAAACGCUGCCCGCAGCUAUGAAACCGAGAUAGAAAAGAAUCGCGAAGAGUCAAAUUGGAAGAAGGCUGUGGAACUGGCUCAACAACUUAAAUCAAGAUCACCACAGCAUGAAAGUCUCGCACAUUUUCUCAUCGGCGAGGGGAAACUCGAAGCAUAUUUGGAUGAAUGGCCCCCAAUUAAGGAGAACAUUGAAAGGGCGCAAAGAGAGUUGUCCGAGGCACGGGGUUACCUGACCUUGGCUACAGAUGAAUCUGGAAAGAGGGCUGGUGUUGCCCUUGAUGCCCAUUUACUGUUGGGAAAAUUGAACUAUGCUUGUGGAGCAUAUGAUGACUCACUGAAACAGUAUAAUCUGGCAGAAUUGAGUACAUUAACUGAGAAAGAGUUACCAGUACGGAGUCUCCGAAUUGUAGCCGAAUCAUAUGCUAUAAAAGGAUUAUGUUUGGAAUUAAAUGCUAUUCCAGCAUCAUCCAGUCGUUUUAAGCAGGCAGAAAGAGAAUCAGAAAUGAUCAGGAGCUUCGAACUGGCGUCGGAGCUGACGUUGCUGUAUCUUCAGCGUGCACAGGCUGCGCGCGCGGGUGUUGUACUAGAAACGGCUCUCCAGAGGGCGCCACUUUUGCACAUCCGAGCAGGGAGGCUGCACAGUGCCAUCGACAGGUACCGUGAAAUGUUGACAGCCGUGGAGUCGGUGUCAACGCAGGCUUUGCGCCUGACCCUGGCAAGGCAGCUCGCCGAAGUGCUGUUGAGAGGGGUCACUGGUCAGGUUUACAAGGCUCCGGAAAAGUUGGCGGUUAUGCCGCAACAGGGCACUUUGACGAGGCGGAGGGAGGAUCACGUCUCCGAAGGACCGUGGAAACCAAAAAAAUACGCUGCCAUUAACCAGUUCGUGCCGCGCAACGAGUACGAGGAGGCGAUGCUGGUGCUGCUGGUGGGCGAGGCGAUGGCGGUGCGCGACGCGGUGCUCUCGCAGAGCGCGGAGUUCGAGGCGGCGCGCGCGCACUCGCUGCGCAACGCGGUGGCGCUCGUCGACCUGCUGGCGCUGGCCGCCGUGCGCUGGGGGCAGAUGGCGCUGCUGCUCGAGGUGCGCGCCCUCAACGAAGGGGGCUCACCUGCCAGGCGAACGCAGAGACGCUCAAAGGUCGCGGCAGGUGAGCCCCGUUACCUGCCAGACACGAAAAGCACGAGUAUAGUACUUGCUAUGCCGUUCGAGUUACUCACCCGCACGGGGGAGACCUCAACUCACCCACCAGACGACCCCACGAGUAUUAUACUCGCUGUGCUGCUUGCGGUUUCGCUGGAGCGCGCGAUGAAGUUCUCCUUCGGGUGCGCGCACGUGUGGCGAGCGCGCGCUCUGGCCGCCGCCGCGCGCCCCCACCACGCCCACAAGCACGCGCCCCCAGGGCAAGGGGCCCUCGGCGGCCACGUGCGCGCGCUGGGCGUGGCGCGCCGCGCGGCACAGCUCUGCCGCGACGACACGCCGCUGCGGCUCGUGGCGGCCGCCAACUGCUUCCGCGCCGGCUGGAUAGAGGAAGGUAUAGAGAUGGCGGAUGAGGCGUUGGCGAUAGAAGUUGAGAGGAAGGGACCAAUGUUGGCGCGCUGCUACCUGUAUUCGGGGAUCGGCCAUCAGAUGAGGGCGCAGAAGACGAACUCCCGCAUCGAGAAGGAGGCGGCGAACGAGCUGAGCCUGAGGCAGCUGCUGAGGUCGGUCGAGCUGGACGACAACGACCACCUCGCCUUCUACCACCUGGCGCUGCAGUACAUGCACGUGGGCAUGCUCAACGAGGCCAUGGACGCGACGCGCGCCUGCCUGGCGGUGCGCGCGGAGUGCGGCGGCGCGCUGCGCGUGGCGGCCGCGCUGUGGGCGUGUGCGGGCGCGGGGCGGCGGGCGGGCAGGGCGCUGCACGCCGCCCGCCUGGCGCGCCACCACUACCCGCACGCCGAGUGGCCGCUCUGGGCGCUCGCCGCGCUGCAGCUGCUCUGGGAGGGCGGCGACGGUGGUGGUUAUCACUUAAAAUCAGACGAACUGCCAUCUUCUCACAUAAAAGAGAUGAGACUUGAUGACGAGGAGUUCUCUCUUCCGGAACAGGCGGCCCUGGCCACCGGAAAGGAGCUACUGAAGCUAUUAAACAGCGCCGAGACGGAAUCAGACGCGGACCACAAUGGAUACGCCGAGCUGGACGCGCUCUCCGAUUCACAAGACGACACGCAAAGCAACAGGGAUGCCGCCUCCAUCCGCGCCGAGUCGGCGGGCGCUUUCCGCGCCGAGCGCGCCCUCUCGGACGUGGGGGGCGCGGGGAGCGGUGGGGCGGGGGGCGGGGCGGGAGGGGGAGGCACGGCCGGGGGGGCGCACUCGCCGCUGCAGCACCACCGGGCUCACGCGUGGCUGCUGCUCGCCGACCUUUGUCUGAGUGCACCAGUUUAUCACCGCGAUCUAGUUUGCUGCCCGGAAAACUUCAGUGUGUUGCGCAAGGCGGCUAGGACCAUAUCUACCCAGUCGAGGCAUAGUCUUGAACUUGGAGACUUGGUCCCC